GGCGGGCAGGGCUCGCGCGCGGGGCGGUCCCGCUCCUGCUGUGGGUGUGCAGACUAAUCAGUGACUUUGAGUGACAGCAGCUCUGGUUUCUUGGUAACAGCUUGGUAACAGACUCUGGGUCGACUCUCUCAGGAAGUAAACUCGAUUUCUGAGGCAGACCGAACCGGGACGCGCCGCUGCGUGUCGGUGAUUCGGUUUGAACCGGAGUUCCUGAGCACGCGCCUGGACUUUGACUCGGGAGCAGACGUUCCCCUGCAGCGGGACUGGAGCCGUGCUAACAGGCUAACUAGCUCGGACUAAAAAAGUGCUGCAACAUCUUGGAACCCUCCUCCCCCCCGUGGAGACCCCCGCACCCUGAAGGCGGGAACCCCGCGCGGCGGCGCGGCGCUCCGCGUGAGCUUCGUGUGACUGUGAGCGGAUGCGUUUGCUGAAAACUUGACACCAAACAAAGGCUGGUGUUUGUUGUCCAUCGUGGUGCGUUCACGGCGCGAGUUCACAUCCGCUCCAGUGACCCUGAACGCCUCACGCGCUCGGUAAAGUCGGCGCUAACCGCGGCGGGCGUCUCUUCAGCGGUGCGGUCCGUGCGGAGGCCGGCAGACAUGUGAGCCAUGACGGAUCCAUCCGAGCAGUAGAGCAGGAAGGGAGCUGGACGGAAGCCCGAACCCCGACGGCGCUGCCACCCCGCGCUGCGCUGCGCGCGUGCUUCAAGUGCCUAUGGCGGAGUCCGGGGAGCGCGCCAGCCUGCCUCCGCUCGGGCUCGGGGAGGCGGCCGUGCCCGGCGACGACGCAGCCGGCAAGGCGAGCUGCGACGGCUCGGUUGUGAACGGGGACUGCGGGAUUUCGGACGUCACGGUCGGUUCUGCUGAGCCCGCCGCCGUCAGGCUGGACGUGAAGCCGGAGAUCCCGCGCAGGAGCAGCAUCAUUAAGGAUGGCCGACAGCGGAAAGAAAGAAAGAAGACUGUGUCCUUCAGCAGCAUGCCCACAGAGAAGAAGAUUAGCAGAGCCAGCGACUGCAUCAGCGCCAUGGUCGAUGGCACAGAGCUCAAGAAAGUGAGAUCCAAUUCACGCAUUUAUCACCGCUACUUUCUCCUUGACGCCGACAUGCAGUCCUUGAGAUGGGAGCCCACCAAGAAGGAGUCUGAGAAGGCAAAAAUUGACAUCAAGUCCAUCAAAGAAGUUCGAACAGGCAAAAACACGGACACCUUUCGAACUAACGGCACCUAUGACCAGAUAUCAGAGGACUGUGCUUUCUCUGUCAUCUUUGGGGAGAACUAUGAGUCCUUGGACUUGGUGGCAAACACUGCAGAUGUGGCCAAUAUUUGGGUGACGGGGUUGAGGUACUUGAUCUCGUACGGAAAGCACACCUUGAAUAUGAUUGAGAGCAGUCAGAACAACAUGCGCUCGUCUUGGCUGAGUGACCUCUUUGACGAGGAAGACAUUGACAACAGCAAACAAAUAACUCUAUGUGCUGCUGUGCAACUCAUUAAAAAGCUAAACCCAGGUGUCAAAAAUGUGAAAAUAGAGCUGAAGUUCAAGGAGCUUCAGAAAGCGAAGGACAAAACUGGUUCCAGUGUAACAAAGGACGAGUUCAUUGAAGUCUUUCAAGACCUUUGCACCAGGCCAGAAAUUUACUUUCUCUUUGUUCAGUUCUCCAGUAACAAAGAAUUUCUUGAUACAAAAGACUUGAUGAUAUUUUUAGAGGCAGAACAAGGAAUGGCAGAAGUCAGUGAAGACACCAGCUUGGAGGUCAUCCAGAAAUAUGAACCCUCUAAGGAGGGCCGCCUAAAGGGGUGGCUUUCUCUUGACGGCUUCUCCAACUAUCUCAUGUCUCCAGAGUGCCAUAUAUUUGACCCUGACCAUAAAUCAGUUUGCCAAGACAUGAACCAGCCUUUGUCUCACUACUACAUCAAUGCGUCCCACAACACAUACCUGAUAGAGGAUCAAUUUAGAGGCCCAUCGGAUGUGACCGGCUACAUCCGUGCUCUAAAGAUGGGCUGCCGCUGCGUGGAGCUAGACGUGUGGGACGGGCCCGAUAACGAGCCGGUUAUUUACACCGGUCACACAAUGACUUCGCAGAUCGUUUUUCGCAGCGUCAUUGACGUCAUCAACAAGUAUGCCUUUGUUGCCUCGGACUUCCCGUUGAUACUAUCUUUAGAAAACCAUUGCUCCUUAAAGCAGCAGAAAGUCAUGUUUCAGCAUCUGAAGAAGAUUCUUGGAGAUAAGAUUCACAGUGAUCCUCCAAAACCUGAGGACUGUUUCCUUCCGUCUCCCUCUGAACUGAAAGGAAAGAUCCUGCUGAAGGGCAAAAAGCUGGGCUCAGCCUGCAACGGUACAGAGGGCGAGGUGACAGAUGAGGACGAGGGGGCGGAGAUGUCUCAGAGAGUGAGCAUCGAGUCGACAGAGCAGCAGAUUAUUGCACCCAAAAAAUUCCAGCUGUCCAAGGAUCUGUCUGAUUUGGUGACGUUGUGCAAAUCGGUGGAGUUUAAAGACUUUCCCACAUCCUUCCAGAGUCAGAAGCACUGGGAGCUCUGCUCCUUCAAUGAAGUGUUUGCCAGCCGGUGUGCUUGUGACUUUCCAGGUGACUUUGUCAACUAUAACAAGAAGUUCCUCGCACGAGUCUACCCAAGUCCAAUGCGAAUCGAUUCCAGCAACAUGAAUCCUCAAGAUUUCUGGAAGUGCGGCUGCCAGAUUGUAGCAAUGAACUACCAAACUCCCGGCCUGAUGAUGGAUCUAAACAUAGGCUGGUUCCGUCAGAACGGGAACUGUGGCUAUGUGCUCCGUCCGGCUAUCAUGAGAGAGCAGGUCUCGUAUUUCAGCGCCAACACAAAGGAUUCGGUGCCUGGAGUUUCUCCACAGCUGUUGCACAUCAAGAUAAUCAGCGGACAAAACUUCCCCAAACCUAAAGGCUCAGGUGCCAAAGGAGACGUGGUGGACCCUUACGUUUACGUGGAAAUACACGGCAUUCCUGCUGACUGCGGAGAACAAAGGACUAAAACAGUCAACCAGAAUGGAGAUAAUCCUCUUUUUGAUGAAAGCUUCGAGUUUCAGAUAAACCUUCCUGAGCUUGCGAUGGUGCGCUUCGUGGUACUAGACGACGACUACAUCGGUGAUGAAUUUAUUGGCCAGUAUACAAUCCCUUUCGAGUGUCUGCAGCCGGGUUUCCGCCACGUUCCGCUCCAGUCUCUUACAGGGGAAGUUCUACCACACAGCUUUUUGUUCGUCCACGUGGCCAUAACCAACAGAAGGGGAGGCGGCAAGCCGCAUAAGCGAGGUCUUUCUGUACGAAAAGGCAAGAAUAGUAGGGAAUAUGCUAGUAUGAGAGUUCUACAGAUCAAAGCUGUGGAUGAGGUCUUUAAAACAGCCCUGCUACCGCUGAGGGAGGCGACGGACCUGAGAGAAAACAUGCAGAACGCCAUCGUGUCCUUUAAAGAGCUGUGCGGCCUUUCAGCCGUGGCGAACCUCAAGCAGUGCAUCCUGGCUCUUUCCCCUCGACUAACCGGACCGGACAAUACCCCCCUUCUGGUGUUCAACCUCGCAGACCAGUAUCCAAACCUGGAGCCCCAGAGCCUGCUGUCAGAGGUCCUUAAAAAAGUGGUUACCACCUACGAAAUGGUGAUUCAGACGAGCAAGGCGCUGCUGGAGAGCUCAGACGGCGUCUACGAGAGGAUUCAGCAAACUCAAAGAGCAGCCAUGGAGUUCCACGAGAACCUGCACGACCUGGCCGUGAAGGAGGGCUUGAAGGGCCGAAAGCUGCACAAGGCGGAGGAGAGCUUCACCUGGAACAUCACCAUCCUGAAGGGUCAGGCAGAUUUACUGAAGCACGCCAGGAUGGAAGUCCAGGAGAACCUGAAGCAGAUCCACUACGCCGCCCUCACCUCCAACCUGAGUAAAGGAGGCUCAGUGGGCGGUUCCUCCGGCUCCUCAGAGUCCAGGAGCAGACGCAGUCUGGAGGUCAUCCCAGAAAAAGCCACGGUGGAGGAGGAGCUGACGGACGAGGACGGCUAGAGCGCCCGACCUGCAGUCAGACCUCUGAGCUGUCAGAGCUGUCGCCGCGCCUCCGCUCCCCGUCUUCCCCCAGCUGUCAUCACACUCCAGUGUUUUUCCCCGUUCCAUCACUGCAGCCGGAGCGGAGCUGGACCCUCUCCCCCUCCAGCCUCGAAUUCAUCAGUGAAGUGUCACAGCACGCCUGGACAAGUUUGGGAAACUUCGGUUUCUGAGCGCUGAAGUUGGAAUGAACACGACUCGCGUGAAGGAUUUUCACGCUUUCCAAACCACCAAACUCUCCUGUCCCGCAGGCAGAGCCGGCCAACUACCAGCUUCCAGACUGUUUGAGCCUUCGACCGACUGUUUUGACGCGUCUUCUCAGAAGGAAACAAAAGCCUCGGGUUGUUGUCAGAAGUUCUGUAAAGCACAAUUUUCUGGAGCUACGAAUGUAAGAAAGCAGCAACACGUCUUUGCAGAAGAAAGCGAGAGUCGAGAGCUGUUUACAAACCCGAACUUCUCCAUGUUCUCGUCUGCCAAAAUGAGUAUCCCGUCUGUCUGUGUAUAUAUGGAACUUCCUGUUACCUUUUUUUCUGACGACUGCAUCGUUUUACUGUAAACUUGGAAAUAUAAGAUUUAUUUUAUAAAAGAUCUAUGAACUUGAAGCUGAAUUUGUGUGCAGAAGGUUGAUUAGAAACACCUCAACACCAGACAGAAUGUACAGGGAAACCACGACCGGAGGCCUUUCCUGAUUUUGGGAUGUGAGGGUGAAGCUCCUACGUCAGGAUACCCAGACAGAUCCAAAGUCUGCAUCUUUAGAGUUUUUAGGAGGUGAAGUCCUAAAGCAAAGCGUUUGUUUGUCUUUCAGUUACUCUUUCAUGAGGAAAUCUACUCAGGUCUGAGAGGACGGUUGAAGAGCGGCGUCAGAGUAAUGGUGGUUCAUUACUGCAGACAGUUACUGUGCAGUUUCACAAACACCGACUGAAGGAAACAGAACUUAAACCUCUAUUUUAUCGUCUCUUUUCUCACUUUUUUUCUGCUCUUGUUUCUCCUGAAGUCUUUGUUCAAAUUUGGACCAAAAUUCACUUUUAUUUUUCAUGACCAAACACAGGAAAUGAGGUCACCUGUAAGCAAAAAUGAAAGGCAGGGAGGGUUAAGGAAGGCUACAUAUUAUACUUUUUUUAGCAUUAUUAUUUUUGAUCACACACUAAUAUUUUGAUCUUUAAAUAUUGCACAAGAAAUCCUCUUUAAUAGUGUUUUAUCAUGUAUUGAUUGGAUUAAUUCCAGAAUUUUAAUUUGAAAUUCCAUUUAUAUAGUAGUAAAAUAAAAACAAAUAUAGCCAUAAAUUAAGUUUGAAAGUAGCUAAAGUUCACGUCCUUUUACAGUUUCGGGCCUCCAGCAGCUCCUCAGUGAAACUUUGAUUAUGUUAAUGAAAAUGUUUGAUCAAUAACUAAUCAGGACUUCCUUAAUAUUUAGGUUAUUGAACAGAAAGUGUCAUCAUUUUGGAUUCAGGUUGAACCUCUGAAGCACUUUUGACACGUUUGUUCCUGAGCUAAAGGUCACCACAAACACAAAGACAGAACUAAUAAAAAUGCAGCUUUACCACCAGGAAAUGCAUCACCAGAGUCAGUUUACAGCCAUUUUUCUUUUACAGUGUUUGACGAUAGUCUAUUUUUAAAUGCAUUAUUUGAAUUAACCAAAAAAACAUUCUUAGUUAAGACACAUUUUUCAGUAAAGAAUGUCAUUUGUUUGAGGCACUGCUGAAGCACAACGUUUUACUAAAGAAUAAAGUCUUAUCUAAGGAUUGUUAUGAAUGAGUUUAUUUUUUUGUAGAAGCAAGUUAAUGCUGAUAUAAAAGCAGUUUAACGAAACAAUUCAUUUAAAAAACCUAAAAGUGUAUGAAAAUGAUGCUAAAAACACUAAACAAGAUGCAAAAUUUGAGAAACGUCUGAUGAAAAAAGCAGCAAAAAACAAUAAAAACACCUAACAAAAGGUUUUUAAGAAAAGGAAAAUGCUAAAAAAGGAUCUUUAAAAUGCUAAAGUUAUUCAAAGAUUAAUAAUAAAUCAGAAAAAGUCCUAACCCUCUGAAUCAAAUUAAUCUAUAGAGCACUUUUCCAGUAAGUGUAGCUUAAAGUGCUUCACAUGAAAAACAUUUCCAAAUUUAAAAGCCAAAAAGCAAAAAUAAUAAUAAAAAUAAAUACAUGAAUAAAAACGAAUCAUCUCAAAGUAGCCUAAUUGUAUUGAAACUUCCCCAAAAUGCUAAAUCAGAUAAAAGGUGAUCUGAAGGAAACGCACAGCUGAACAUUAAAAUGACUGAACGAGGUUUAAAAGUCUAAAACAAAAAAAGUUUUCAGGAUAUCAGUUAAAACUGCUAAACAAACAAUACAAAGUGUUUGAUAUGUAAUCAACAUAAAAAAUAACUGAAAACUGUGGAGCUGCUGUGCUGAAAGUCUGGCUACACGGUUUCUGUAACGUGUUCCCGCGGCGUCCUGCUGCUUCUCCGAUCAUCUUUGGAUCUAUUGUCAAAGUGAUGAUAAUCAUGAAGCUGCGUUAAGCCAUAAUCUAAAGACCUGCUGUGUUUUUUAGGACGGUUUCUUCAGAGCGGGAGGAGUACGUCAGAAAUUCAUCGUUGAGUUGUGGGAGGGUUUACUCUAUUGCUGAAGUAUAAACCUUCCCACACUUCCCAUCAUCCCCUUGUGUACACCAUCUUUUGCUAGCUUAAAGCCCCUCACAAACUCAACCAAACAACUGCAGUGCAACAAAACUGUAAGCAAUAUUGGAGCCGUACAGUUCCGAUCCAAAUUCCAGCUCCGACAAGGAAACAAAGACGUUCAUGGAUCUAUUUUUCUGUCAGAAUGGGGCGGAGCUGAGAGUUGCUAACAGUAGCUCCAGCGUUGUUUGCUCCUGAUUCAUGAUCAUUUGAAUAAAAAAAACUCUAAAAUACUUUUUUUAUAUUUGUCCUCUAUCAUCAGAAAAAUGCCACAAGAACAAGAACAAUGGUUUUUAAAUAAGCCAAAGGUAGCGUUGUAUAAACGUUAUUAUUUGAGAAAACCUUUAAAACUGUUUAGAUCGGUAAACAUUGCACCUUCUGCAGUUCAUCACAUUCAUCCCAGUGUUGAUGCUUAUAAAUGAAAUGCCUUAAAAAAUGUCCUCAUUCCCUAAAUGACUUCAAGUUUACUCCGUGAACUUAAUGACAGAUAUAUGUCUGUUGAUUGAUUUAUUGAUUACAUGGCAUUCCAGAACGCCGCUGUGUUUUCACUAAAACGCCACAUCAGCACAUUCUUCACCAACUUGAACUGAGAGCAGAUGAGAAGAUGUGAUCAUAGCAGAGAGCGCCGCGGCGACGCUCGCUCCGCCUCUUUACCUGAAUGUCGGUUUGUUUGCAGUGACUCGAGUCUCCUCCUGAACCUUCAGUGCUGUGCUAUUUUUUUUUUUUAGUUUUCAUUUUCCUUUUCAAGAAUGUCCGUGCUGUACCAGUGGACUUAUUAAGUGUUGUUGGCAAACAGGAGAAGUUCGGUUGUUCUUCAUCCAAAUAAAAACAAUCUCAGAUUUUA